CUCACUCGGAAAGUGGAUACGUUUUUCCCGCUUGCUCUACUAGACCUCACCAUUUUCUCAAGUUCUUUUCAGCCAAACAAUUAGCUACAGGAAAUCAGUUCCAGAUCUAUCCAGCCUACCAUGUCUGAACCAGGUUCUGGUUGUGGUGUUCCAGCGCAGAGAAGCUCACAGCGGGGUCCAGAGUUGCUGUCAGUGAAGCUGGGGGACUGCAGUCAAACAGUGGAACUCAAUGUGAUUGUCAAGGAGGAGGGCGAGGAGAGAGAAAUCAAUGAGGGGGAGGAGGAAGAGAGAGAGGUGGACAGGGACUCUGUUGACUCAGCAGAGAGCCCCAUCCCAGACUCAGUCAACGAACCCAGUUCCACAGCAUCAAGACUGCCUGGUUGUGGGAGUUACCCCUGUCCUCAAUGUGGGAAGUGUUUCAGUCGAGCAGGAGACCUGAAGACUCAUCUGAGGUCGCACAGUGGAGAGAAGCCUCACCAAUGCUCUCUUUGUGGGAAGUGUUUCAGUCGAGCAGGAGGCCUGAAGACUCAUCAGAGGUCGCACAGUGGAGAGAAGCCUGCCAGUACUUUCAAUGUGAUUGUCAAAGAGGAGGAAGGUAACUGUACUCUCAAUGUGAUUGUCAAAGAGGAGGAGGAUGAGAAGGAAAAGGGAGGAGUUGAGGAAGAGAAGGAAACUAGUGGUGUAGUUGACCCAGAUACAUCAAGACUUCGUGGUCGUUACCCCUGUCCUCAAUGUGGAAAGAGUUUCAGUUCCUCAGGUAAUCUAAAGAAUCACCAGAGAGUUCACACUGGAGAGAAAUCUUACCACUGCUCCCAAUGUGGAAAGGGUUUCGGUCGAGCAGGAGGCCUGAAGACUCAUCAGAGAUCGCACAGUGGAGAGAAGCCUGCCAGUACUUUCAAUGUGAUUGUCAAAGAGGAGGAGGAUGAAAAGGAAAUCGAUGAGAAGGUAAAGAGCGAAGUUAAGGAAGAGCAGGAAACUAGUGGUGUAGUUGACCCAGAUACAUCAAGAUUACCUGGUCGUGGUCGUUUCCCCUGCCAUCAGUGUGGGAAGAGUUUUCGUUCCUCAGGUAAUCUAAAGAAUCAUCAAAGAGUACACACUCGAGAGAAACCAUUUCACUGUGCCACAUGUGGGAAGAGUUUCCGUGAAAAAUUCAAUCUCACGAGACAUAAGAAGGUACAUAGUGGGGAGAAGCCUUAUCACUGCACCCAGUGUGAGAAAAGCUUCAAUCGUUCUGGAAGUCUUAAGGAACAUCAAAGAGUACAUACAGGGGAGAAGCCUUACCACUGCUCUCUUUGUCGGAAGAGUUUUAGUCAGCCAGGAAACCUUAAGAAACACCAGAGAAUACAUACAGGGGAGAAGCCUUACCAUUGCUCUCUGUGUGGAAAUAGUUUUUGUUUCGCUGGAAACCUAAAGAAUCAUCUGAGAUCACACUGUGGAAAGAAGCCUUACCACUGCUCUCAGUGUGGGGAGGGAUUCCCUCAACUAAAAAGUCUUAAAAGCCAUCAGAAAAUGCAUAUUGGAGAGACGCCUCCCUCUACUUUCAAUGUGAUUGUCAAAGAGGAGGAUGGUGACUGUACUUUCAAUAUGAUUGUCAAAGAGGAGGAGGAUGGGAAGAAAAUUGAUGAGAAGGAAAUGAGAGAAGUUGAAGAGGAGGACAAUAGUGGUGUAGUUGACCCAGAUACAUCAAGACUGCCUGAUCGUGGUCGUUACCCCUGUCCUCAAUGUGGAAAGAGUUUCACUUCCUCAAGUAAUCUUAAGAAUCAUCAAAGAGUACACACUGGAGAGAAACCUUUCCUCUGCUCACAAUGUGGGAAGAGUUUCAGUGAAAAAGUAAAUCUUAAGAGACACGAAAGAGUACAUAGUGGAGAAAAGCCUUACCACUGCACCACAUGUGGGAAGAGCUUCAAUCAUUCAGGAAGCCUUAGAGAUCACCAGAGAAUUCAUACAGGGGAGAAACCUUACCACUGCUCACUGUGCGGAAAUAAUUUUCGUUUUGCUGGAGACCUAAAGAAUCAUCAGAGAUCACACAGUGGAGAGAAGCCUUAUCACUGCUCUCGGUGUGGAGAGGGAUUCACUCAGCUAAGAAGUCUAAAAAGUCAUGAGAGAAUAUCCAUUGGAGGUAAGCCUUCCUGUGCUUUCAAUGUGAUUGUCCAAGAAGAGAAAUAAGUUGAGGGAGAGGAGCGUGAUGUGAAAUAAAGGUGAAGUGAGGAUACAUGAGCAACUCUAUAAGUAUUGAAAUUCACACCUAUCCUUGCAAUGGUGUCUUCUGUGACAACAUGGUCAUGGACAGCACCAUUUAGGGCUAUCUUCAUCUUCUUUUACUUCUAUGACUGUAUUGGAAGUUCACAAAUUAACUCAACUUGAAUACCAUCACCACCACCACCUAAUGUGCUGGAGAGUAUAUUAAUCUGACCUUUAUUUUGACAGGGAGUCAAUGCUGAGACCAAGGUCUCUUUUCCAGAUGAGGCCUGUAUAGCACCACAAUACACAUUAAUACACAAUUAACACAUUCAACUACCCGUUCAUAAACACAAUAUACACGGUGUUAUACACAACAAUACACGAAAAGUGAAAUGCAAUCAUAAAAAAAUACAUUCUUUAGUAACAAGGUCCCUAACAACCGUCUGAAAGGCCCUAGAGGGUCCCCCUAUCAACCGUCUGAAAGGCCCUAGAGGGUCCCCCUAACAACCGUCUGAAAGGCCCUAGAGGGUCCCCCUAACAACCGUCUGAAAGGCCCUAGAGGCACCAAUUCCUCCAAUUUGAAAGUGCAUUGUAGAUCAUUCCACACGCAUAAGGGAACCAAAUGCUGAUCUACCGAACUCUAUAGACACCAAUGUAGUCUCUAGAGUUAACCAACCCUGUGAACGGGUUUGAUAACUUAUCAUUUAUAGGCAGCUGCUCUUUUAUUAAUAGUAUCACCAUAAUUGAGAACCGGUAGAAAGGUUGACUACACAAUCUGCUUCCUGCUGACUAGAGAGAGACUAGAUCAGUUUCUGUAAAAAAAAAAAUAACACUUCAAAUCUUAGUUUCUUAACAAGCUCAGUCAUAUGUUUAAAAAAAAAAAUGUUAACGUUAUAUCACACCAAGGUCUUUGUAUGCUGGGACUUGUUCGAUUUAUAAAACCAUCCGAUGAGUGAGGGAAGAUGUAAUCCAACUGAGACAAUUAAGUAUGAGUUUUAAAAAUCAGUAAGGGCUUUCCUGCACAACUGUAAAAUCCGACUGUAGCCUUGUCACAGCCAGGUCAGCAGUCGGGGUAAUUCCGUAACGUAAUAGUAUCAUCCGUAUUUAGAUGAGAUCGAGACAAGAUCAUUAACAACUAUAGUGGUUGCUGUAAUAGUGCUAUGCCCAGGCCUAAAGCCUGAUUGGUUUACAUUAACAAUACAUGUCUCAUUGUAAACCAGGUUGCCUGUCCGGGCCUAAAGCCUUUACACGAGAUCGAUAUACUGAACAAUACGUUUUCCAUUCGCUGUUAUUGAGCAUUUUUCCUUUGCCAAGAUAAUCCAUCCACCUGACCGGUGUGUCAUAUCAAGAAGCUGAUUAAACAGCAUGAUCAUUACAGCAUGAUCAUUGACAAACCUUAGUCUAGUCAUGGUAAAAACAUGACGUCUGGCCUCCCGAGUGGCACAGCGGUCUAAGGCAAUGCUUCAGUGUUGCGGCGUCAUAAUGACCUACUAAUUGGUUGAUGAUGUCAUCACAUAUGUUGAUGUUGGGGUGGUGCUUUAGAUGAUGAAUAUGUAGUAGAAUGUUUUUUUAAAAUAUAUUUUUAUUUCCUGUUAAAGUAGCGUAUGCCCAUGUACAUGACUAACAUGUAAAACAGUAGCAUAGUCUAUAGAGGCCUGUAUACUGGGGACUGAGUCUAUGUAUAGUAUAUACUGGGGGCUGAGUCUGUAUAUAGUAUAUACUGGGGGCUGAGUCUGUAUAUAGUAUAUACUGGGGGCUGAGUCUGUAUAUAGUAU